UCUCAUCGUUCAAAAAUCAGUCGCUUCGUUCAUCUCCGUAGUGCAUAACCUGAAAAUUUGACACUUGGGAAAGCUAGGUUAUGUGGAAAUUUCUUUAUUGAAAAUGUUUAAUUUUAUAUCAUCUAUAAAAUGUGCAGUAUGUAUGGGCCCCCGCCAGUUUGUAAGACAGCGAAUUAAGUUGCCUCUAAUCAAAUUCAUUCACGACACUGUCAAAUUAUACAAAACAAGAACACAAACUGGGGUCAACAAUGUCCGAGAAAUCUUAUUUCGGGGCACUGUUGUGGCGCUAAUAACCGCAUUAUUGGUUUGGUUGGCUAUUUUCAUGUAUAUAGCGUUUUAUUACGCCUACGUGCCUACGAUUUCACAUGAACGGCCUGUUUAUCUCAAGUUUAGAUCGUGUGAUAAGGAGUCAUGUGCUGCUGGAACUGGGAAUAAAGCCAUUUGCAGCUUUCCUUCAGCUCACAUUAAAUUAACCGAGCGUCAAAGACUUUUGAUGUUAGGACAACCCUACAAAAUUCACCUAGAUUUAGAAAUGCCUGAAUCUCCCACAAAUCGCGAUCUUGGAAUGUUUAUGGUAUGUGCCGACUUUGUUGGAAGUGAUGGCAAAAUCCUUAUAAACUCCUGCCGCUCUACAAUGCUACAUUAUCGUGGAUAUUUACUUGACACCCUGUAUAAAUUAGUCUUCAGUCCUUUCUUUGUAUUUGGAAGUGCUGAGGAGAAACAAAACAUACACGUUGAGCUAUUUUCAGAUUUUGAAGAAGUUGAAAGUGAACCAGUUACUGAUAUUUUUAUUGAAAUUCAAAGCAGACACAUUGAGAUUUAUUCUGCCAGAUUUUUAAUUAAUGCCCACUUUACCGGACUAAGAUUUUUGAUGUACAAUUGGCCGGUCUUCUCUGCUGCUAUUGGUAUCACCUCAAACUUGGUCUUCAUUGCUAUAGUUUGCAUGAUAAGUUGGUACCAAAUUAUCAACUCGGAAGAAUAUCUCCAGUUGCUUCAAAGUCAAAUCGAUAGCAAACAAUUGAAAGACUUUGACAGUGGUUCUUCCAGUUCGUCCCUGGAUGAAGACACUUCUUUGUUACAUGAAAAUCUAAGAUUCCGCAAAGGCCGAACUGAUAGUAAAGAUUUUAUUGAAGACAUUCGAGAUAUGGAUUGUUAACUUGUUGUACAACUGUUGGAUGUUACAUUCCUAAGAUACCAAAGAUUGCGCUUUUUUAAUAUUGUUUUCAUAUCUCUCUAUAUUUUUAUUGUAGGUUUAUGUACAUUAAAGUUGUAUUACUUACUAAAA